AAACAAUCAGUAUAUGAAGAAGACUGUCUGCGACACCCAUUCACCAUCAAGUCUUGGACCCGAUACAUUGCCCAUCUGUCUGCUCGCAAGGCUUCAUUUGAUGAAAUUUCAUUUAUUUUUGAACGGGCCAUCAAGGAACUUCCUGGUAGCUACAAGUUGUGGAAGCAAUAUUUAGAUCUGCGAGUAAAUCAAGUUCUCAUGACAGAUACCAAUCCAAAAACAGGACUACGGAAACCAUACAAAGUAUUUACUCCAGCUCACAAGGAGUGGUUGAUAAUAAAUGGCUGUUUUGAAAAAAGUCUGGCGCUAUGCAACAAGUUUCCAGUCAUCUGGUUGGCUUAUUGUCGUUUUCUUAUGCACCAACCUACUCGGCUCACUUUUACUCGUCGUACAUUUGAUCGGGCCCUUAAAGCUUUGCCCACUUCUCAGCACAAGCGUAUAUGGCCACUUUAUCUUGAAUUUGCUCAACAGGUCGGUGGUGAAAUUUGUGUUCGAAGCUGGCUUCGGUUUCUUAAACUGGAGCCUCAUCAAGCAGAACAAUUUGUUUCGAUCUUGCUUAAUCUUGAUCCACCACGACAUGGAGAUGCAGCGAGAGUACUUGCUGCAAUUGUCAUGAAUCCCAAAUAUGCAUCCCCUACUAGCGAAAAAACUGCAUUUCAACAUUGGGUUGAACUUUGCGAUGUAGUAUGCGAACAUCCUGAAGAACAUUUUAUGCCAAUCGAAUCACUGGAUGUUGACUGUAUUUUGCGAGUGGGCAUUGCUCGCUUCACAGAUCAAGUAGGAAAACUAUGGAACAGUCUUGCUCGAUGGUGGAUUGUUCGAGGCGAGUUUGAUCGUGCUCGAGAUGUUUAUGAAGAAGGCAUUCGAAACGUCACUACUGUGCGCGACUUUUCCAUGAUAUUUGAUGCCUAUGCUAAAAUGGAAGAAAAUAUUAUUGCCUCGAGUAUUGAGCGCCUUGCUGCUGAAAAAGACACUUUGGACUGUGAUGAUGAGGAUAGCUCUGAAACAAAAUCAACGAGUAUGCUGGAUGCUGUUGAUGUGGAUAUGCGACUUGCCCGUUUUGAAAAGCUUAUGGAACGCCGUAGUUUCCUGAUCAACGAUGUUUUGCUUCGACAAAACCCACACAAUGUUCAGCAAUGGAAAGUGAGGGCACAACUAUAUCAGGAUGCCAACAAACCUGAAAAAAUUGUCGAAUCUUAUGUUCUUGGCACUAAGUCUGUUUCACCUCAAAAGGCACAUGGCAAAUUGCACGAUCUCUGGAUUGACUUUGCCAAAUAUUACGAGAGUAUUGGAAAAGUGGACAUGGCACAUAAUGUUUUUGAAAAGGCAGUACUGGUACCAUAUAAGCGCGUGGAUGAUCUUGCACAAGUGUGGUGUGAAUGGGUGGAGAUGGAUCUACGGCACAAUGCCAUAUCCCAUGCUCUUGAAAUACUUGGUCGUGCUACAGCUCCUCCUCGCGGUCCACCCGCUAAGCACGCCAUGAUUAGAUACAACGAUGAAACCAAAUCCGUUCACCAACGUCUUUUUAAAUGCAUCAGAUUGUGGUCACUUUAUGUAGAUGUAGAAGAGUCUAUUGGAACUCCCGAAAGCACCAAAGCCGUUUAUGAUCGCAUUAUGGAACUCAAGAUUGCCACGCCACAAAUUAUCAUCAACUAUGCAAGCUUUCUCGAAGAAAACAAAUACUUUGAGGAAAGCUUUCGAGUAUAUGAGCGUGGCAUUGACUUGUUUGGAUAUCCAAUUGCAUUUGAAAUUUGGAAUCUGUAUCUUGUUAAAUUUGUUGCACGGUAUGGCGGAUCCAAAAUGGAGCGUAUUCGUGACUUGUUUGAACAAUCACUAGAAAAAUGCCCACCCAAAUUUGCAAAAACUUUGUUUUUACUGUAUGCUGAUCUUGAAGAAAACCAUGGGCUUGCACGCCAUGCUAUGCGUAUUUAUGACCGUGCUACCCGCGCCGUAAGCGAUGAGGAUCGCGCAGAAAUGUUCCAAAUCUACAUAUCCAAAGCAACGUCAUCGUUUGGACUUGUAUCCACCCGUGAAAUCUACCAGCGUGCAUUAGAGACUUUGCCAGACACGCAAGCACGAGAUAUUGCCAUUAAAUUUGCAGACAUGGAAACUAAACUUGGUGAAGUAGAUCGAUCACGAGCGAUUUUGGCUUAUGCUAGUCAAUUCUGUGAUCCACGUAUAGAUCCCAAGUUUUGGAAAGUGUGGCAUGAUUUUGAAGUUAAAUUUGGCAAUGAGGAUACAUUCAAAGAAACGCUUCGAAUCAAGAGAUCUGUGCAAGCCAAAUAUAACACGGAUCUUAGCUUUAUUUCAUCGCAAAUUCUUGCAGCUAGACAG